AUGCUAUCGAAUCUAAUAAGAUCACCAAUUACUGUAAGGACUCUGGCCAAACCAGUAGCCAUCACAUGUGCUAAAUUAUCUACCACCCAACUAAUAAAUAAAUCUACCUACCGUACACCUGACUUUGACGAUGUUUUGAAGAAAGAUAGAAACAUGGACAAAUCAAGAGUAUUCUCUUACUUCAUGGUCGGUUCUAUGGGUCUACUAUCUUCUGCAGGUGCCAAAUCUACCGUGGAAACAUUUUUAUCUUCCAUGUCUGCCUCCGCUGAUGUUUUAGCCAUGGCUAAAGUUGAAGUUAGUUUGGCCAAUAUCCCACUAGGUAAGAAUGUCGUUGUUAAAUGGCAAGGUAAGCCUGUGUUUAUUAGACACAGAACUCCUCAUGAGAUUCAAGAGGCUAACGAAGUAGACAUGUCUGCUUUGAAGGACCCUCAAACAGAUGCUGAUAGAGUUCAGAACCCAGAAUGGUUAAUUAUGUUAGGUAUCUGUACUCAUUUAGGUUGUGUCCCAAUCGGUGAAUCCGGUGACUUUGGUGGUUGGUUCUGUCCUUGUCAUGGUUCUCAUUACGAUAUCUCAGGUAGAAUCAGAAAGGGUCCAGCUCCUUUGAAUUUAGAAAUUCCAAAAUACGAAUUUGCUGAAGAUAAGGUUGUCGUCGGUUAA